AUAAAACAAAUUAAGUGUUUACUGAAAUUAAUUCGGAAAAAAUUCUGGCUGUACUACUACCUUAGGUGCAACCCUGGGUACCUGGAGCCCAAAAAAAUUAUUUGUCAAUUUGUUAUUCAUUGCUGUGUAAACUUAUUUGGAGCGAGAGGUGUAAAGUCGAUAUAUAAACUUUAAAAUUUAAGUUUAUAUUAGUGAAAAAUAUUAGAACAUAUUUGUUCGAAAUUCUAUGAAAUUUCUAAAAAAGAAAUUCCAUUGUUUUUUUGGUUUUACAUUGCAAAUAAAUCUUGCUCGGUCCGCAACCCCUGAAUUCUGAUAUAUUCAGGGUAAAACAAGCAGCAAUAAAUAGAAACCUUCAUCCACCAAACAGGAAUAAAUAUUCGCCACAAUGAUCAAGUUAUUCUCAUUGAAAAAGCAGCAAAAAGAUGGUGAACAAAAUCCACGGGCAGGACAACAGAAAAAAGCUUCAGCAGCACAAUUGCGUAUACAAAAAGAUAUUAAUGAAUUGAAUCUGCCUAAGACAUGCGCUGUUGAAUUUCCUGAACCAGAUGACUUGUUGAAUUUCAAACUAAUUAUUUGUCCGGAUGAAGGUUUUUACAAAGGUGGGCGUUUCGUUUUUACUUUCCGCGUUGGACCGAACUACCCGCAUGAACCACCAAAAGUAAAAUGCGAGACACAAGUGUAUCAUCCAAAUAUAGAUUUGGAGGGCAAUGUUUGUUUGAAUAUCUUGAGAGAAGACUGGAACCCUGUGCUCACAAUAAACUCAAUAGUCUACGGGUUACAGUAUCUUUUCCUAGAACCUAACCCGGAGGAUCCUUUAAACAAAGAAGCAGCAGAUGUUCUACAAACGAAUCGCCGCCUCUUCGAAUUGAAUGUAACAAAGGCAAUGCGUGGUAGCUAUGUUGGUGACACAUAUUUCGAGUGCUGCCUGAAGUGAUAUAGAAAAGCAAACGUCUUUACUCUUAGAAAUGGCGUCUAUCUAUUAGCCUUGAUAUUGGGUCUUAGUGGCCGCUUUUACAUUAAUCUAAUUUUCAACAAUAAUUAAACAUAAAAAAAAAACACAACGCCAAAAUGUAACAUCUCCCCAUAUUUAAAAUUUUAAUAUUUUAAUUAACAUUUUGAACAAUAUAAAUUUUAGUAGCCACACAACCA